AUGGGACUUGGUGAAGCCAAAAAUCUUGUAAAGGAAAUGAUCAUAGAGGCAAUUGCUAAGAAGUUUGACAUAACAAGCCUUAGUUUUAGUUCAAACACCAUUCGAAUUGCAGAUUUGGGUUGUUCUGUUGGGCCAAACACUUUCAAUGCUAUGAAAAGUAUCGUAGAAGCCAUUGAAUGGAAAUACCAUUCAAAAAAUCUCACAACUGAGAUGCUUGAAUUUCAGUUGUUUUUCAAUGAUCAUGCUUCCAAUGAUUUCAACACCCUUUUCACUACUCUACCUCCUAAUAGGCAAUACUUUGUUGCUGGAGUGCCAAAAGAGUUGUUGGACAAUGGCUCUCUUGCAUGGAACAAGGGAAAGAUUCAUUAUACAAGUGCCUCGAAAGAAAUCGCCGAUGUUUAUGCAGCUCAAUUUGCAAAGGACAUGGAUACCUUUUUCAAUGCUAGAGCUGAUGAGAUUAUAGUUGGAGGAAUGAUGAUAUUGAUCAUCCCAGGUCUUGCUGAUGGAGUUCAUUAUUCUCAGGAUCCACAUGGGCCGUUUUUUGAUGCUUUCAACCAAAGCCUUCUUGAUAAUGGUGAAAUUGGUUCUGGUGAAUUUGGUUUGGGGUUCUUUUUCAGAAAGGAGGCAGGCAGAAGCCUCUCGUAUCAGGAAAAGUAUCCGGAUCUAGAAUUCCGGUUAAUUGUGGAGAAGCUGAAAGAAGUGGACAUCCUGCAUUGA